AUUACCUUCUCAAACCGACCUCCUGUAAAUCCAUUCCUAACAUCGCUGUUAACUUGAAAAUGCUCGUCUGGACCAUCAGUACGCUUUUGCUGUACGGCGUGAGUGCGUUCAUACCAAACGCAUUUACACCUUAUAUCACUGACAAAGACUUCACCCAUCAGGACCUAACAGAACAAGGUAUCUUAUUAGCGGUGGCUGAGUAUUUUGAGAGCAAACCCGCCCCCGGUAAAUCCACACCCCCCACUGCUGGAUCGCUGACGGGGAUAUCCAAUAUAACCGCAAGGAAACUAUUUGACGCUUAUUAUGGAUCGUAUGUCCCAGAGACAAAAUUGCAGUCUGCCAUUGACGACAUCGUGAACUACAACACAAGGGUGGAGCAUGAGAAUUCUGCUAAAGCCGCCUGGCACUUCAACGGAGAACAAAUCACCCAAGGAAACGACAUUUUGCUGAGGCUGCGGUCGGAGGCAUUUGAUGCUUUGAACGUCUCUCAACCAAACUAUGCAACUGCUCGCCACGUGAUUGGUCAAUAUUUGCAUGUUCUGCAAGACUUUUAUAGCAACACGAAUUGGAACAAAAUUAAUCCUUCAAGUUAUUACAGUGAUUUGGGAAUUCCUGGGAAAACUUUGCGUCAAGUGUCAGGUCCCAGUGAAGAUACAUGUAAAAAUUGCGGACAGACUCUUCCCUGCUUAUUUGAUCCUCCACUGUUAUCCACUACCAAGAUAACAAGUGGAUACAGAAGUGGACAAGACAUUGUUAAACCAUCAAAGCCGACAACUGAUACACAGGGAAAAUGUAGUCAUGGCGGGAAAUUUGACACCAGCGCCACAACAUCUGCGGCGGUUGGAGGAAUCAACAAAGAGACAGUAACUGCUGAUUAUUCCCCGUUAUUCCAAGAACACGGAGCAGUUGCUGAUUUGGCAAUUAAGCACACAACAUUUUUUUUUGCUGGGCAAACCAAUAGUCUGAGAACAGUAUUUGGAGAUGGUAAAUUUGAAAGUUUGCUCCAACUUCAUGCCGGAGUAUCAUUGUGUUUCGUCAUUGAUACCAGUGUUUCAACUGAAAGAGAUGCCAUCAGGCAGGAAAUUCAGAAACUGAUAUCCGCAGGAAGCAACCCAUAUAACUAUAUACUUGUUUAUACUAAUGAUGGUCAAACAAGUCCGACUGUAAUAACUAAAACAAAUGGCAAUGAUAUUUUGACUGCAUUUGGAUCCAUCAACAUAGCCAGCAACCGUUCAUGCACUUUCUCUAUAUCGGGAACCGAAGCAGCUGCCACAGUGGCGGAGUAUGGUUCAAAAAUUUAUGUGUUCAGCGAUGCAGUACCUAGAAACGACGUCACAAUACGAUAUAUUCAAGCGAUGCAGAGUGAGAAAGACCUUACAAUUUCCCUCCUGUUAACAGGCCAAUGUAAACAAAAACGAUCGAUAGGUAAUUGGUCAAUUCUAUCUCAGACAAAACAUACGAAAGCUAAACCGUUCCACAUUUACCAUCAGUUCCUGGUUCAAAAAGGGACAAACUGGAUCCGAACCUCUCAUCCACCUACAGGACAGAGGGUCGUAUUGUCAGUAAGAAUAAGCGAUCCAGCAACUGUAUUAGGAUUACAUUUGAUCGAAAUUGCGAAUUUCAAGAAAGCGCUCAGAAAACUUAAUCGAAGUCGAAUACCUGGAAUUUAUUUGACUUUAAUAGACAAAUUCCCAGAUGUCGAGAAUUUUGUUAUUUUUGUGGAGGGCUUUGACAAGGAUGGGAAAACAUUUCGCGUGAAAACACAAGAAAUCUGAGGAAGAUGAGUUUGCAGUAAAUGUAUUAAAAUUUUACGUGACAUGUAACUUAAAGGCAUUUAACAAUGCUGUGCUUAAUUACUUCAAACCUUAUAUUAUCUGUUUUAUGAAAUACAUUUGCAAUAAAAAACCUAUAUCUUUGUUUGUAUGCGCAUAAAUAUCAUAAACAUUAUAUAAAUUAUAAAUAUAGCAUAGUAUCAUCUGCAACAAGUAAUACUAUUCUUUGACAUAUCUUGACAGAACUUUUAAACAAAUGAUGCGAUUAUUUACUUGUUCUUUAUUUAAUGUAUACAUAUAGUGUGUACAAAGUUGCAUACAUUCUAUGAUUAAAAACUCGUCGUCGUUACAUAACUUUUAAAUUGAUUUUUUCUGUGAGGUCGUUUCAAGUCAAGAAUUAUUCACAUUCGUAAAACUUCGUGCACCAGUAGAUGGUGAAAGACAUUCAUCAUCAGAGAUAAUUUGCAUUUAACAACACACACACAUAUACACCUUUAGUCAUCGAUUCCUAGCCUCGUCGUUUCAAGGGGAGAUUUGCACUGCCGAUUUGUACAAGUAAUUAUUGUUACAGGGAACAAAAUCACACUAGAUUCGUGUCAUGACGAUGUCGGGCUCGGUUUAUAUUUUUCUUAUAUCAUCAUACUUCCUGUGCAAAUCUGCAAGUGUAGCACCGUUGCCUGUGGUAAGCACUACUACUAAAGCUCCAGAUGAAAACAGAACGAAGCUCAUUGAGGCCAUAGUCGCCAUUUUGAGCAUUGGGCAACCAGAAAGUAAAAUCGCUGAUAUACGUAUAGAUGUCGACAAGAAGGUCAGGGAGAGCAACGCGACGGAUCUUUCACAAGUAUUUACGAAGGCAGAAUACGAUCGCUUCUGCUCAUUCUACCCAGGAGGAUGUACAGGCACACAGUAUAGUCAUUGGGAUGGACGGAAAUAAACAACACUGUUUGUUUUACUUUUGACUGACUUGUAAAAUAAAUUGGAGAAAAUUUA